AUGCACAUCAAGCUCAAGCAUCCAGGCGCCAAGAUCCCCAACUCAUACACAUCGCCCACGCUCAACAGCGGCGUGCCAUUCUACCCUCCACGUAUCUCGCCCUAUGUCUUGGGCCAGUACGGCUCAAACUUGGCCGACCUGCCCAAGGAGUUGAUAUACAACGCAACCCAAGCACAACAACAACAGCAGCAACAAAUACAGCAUCAACAACAACAGCAACAGGCUGUAGCAUAUGGCCAAGCUGGAAUCAUUCCAGCCCAACAACAACAAUACCAACCCGCCCAACCUAUUUAUUCCAAGUCUCCACGCACCCUCCUCCCCAACAACCUCGCUCUGUCCCUGUCUGGCGGUCUCAUUGACUCACCCCAGGUACAGCAACAGCAACAACAACCUGAGCCAACACCCCAGGUCUACAAGUUCUCCGACUUGCCAGCCAUAUCCCUGCGCAUUGGCGCAUGGGAGAAGCAGUCCAACUUCUGCGGCGACCUGGUGGCGCGCUUCUCCUACACCGAGCGCAAGUUCAUGUGGGAGAUAUUCAAUCAGGCAGCAUCGCUCACCAAGAUGGAAAUCUACUUUGACGAUAUAUCAUCGAUGGAUCUCCGCCAACUGAGCGACGAUCGCGUCGAGUUGACAUUCACCGUCAGCCAGGCCCCACAUUUCUUUGAGGCCAAGUUUGACACGCAGGCCGCCAUGACAUACAAGGCUUGCAACGACUUUACUGGCGGCGAGGCGACCACCGGCCGCACCCAUUCGUUGUGCUUUGUCCGCAACGCACUGGCCAAUCCUUUGGACGCUCUGGCGGCAACCGACCCCAAGUUCAGAAUUUUUGUCGACGCAGCCAACCUCAACCUGCACGAUGUCGUCCCAUCCAGCUCACCCAAACAACAGAUGUUCAUCUCGCAGUCCACCCCAGUGCCUGUAGCCAUUCAACAACAGCUGCCCUACCUCGAUCUUGAGCGUGUGCCCGUCAUGCCCAUCAGCCUCACCCCUGCCGACAUCUCACCAAUCAUUGCCGCGCCCCCUGUUAUCCCCAGUCCGGCCUCAUCCACCUCCUCCACAAGCUCGCUCGAGGUCGUAAAUUAUCCAACUCCAACAACACCUGGCCAACAACAACAACCACCUCAACAGCAACAGUCGUUCGAUCAACAGCAGCAGCAGUCGCAGCAGAACCAUCAACAACAAUUAUAUUAUAACAAACAACAUUCGUCAUCAAGCCUUGGCGGUGAGGUGCCAGAGCUGUCAGGCGAUGCCACCGACUCACUGAUAUCGUCGCUCGACCAGCCUGCACAGCUAUUCGCGUCAUCCGACCUCAGCAAGUGCUUCAACGACAUUGCUCUCUGCAGUCCGGCCAUCACGGGCAUGCCAAACAAUCCUGCUGCCAUGGUGCACAGGGAUCAACCUACCUUGUGA